GCAUGAUUCUGUUCAUUUGAGAGGUUAUGUUGUGAUUUCGUGAGAGUGACAUUCUAUUUGCAUUAUGAACUAACGAAUACUAUCCUAAUUAUUAAAUAAAUCAGAUAAAAUCUAAUAAACCAAUGUCUGAAUACGAGAAAGUGAGGGUAAAGAAAUUGUGCCUGAAGGGAGAAAAAGUAAAAUCCAAAAAACGUAAACAUAAGAAACAUGGACGGAGUAAAGAGGAUUCAGAACCUAAAGACAUUGAUGCUAUGCAACACGGCGGCUGGUGGAGGGUGAAGAACAUUAAUGAGAUAACCGGGACAGUGGCAAUUGAAUUUGGCAGUCACACGUACGUAAAAGCUCUUGACAAUGGACUAUUCACCCUCGGAGCGCCUCACGAUGAGGGGGAGGGGCCUUCCCCAGAGGAGAUCCUCACAGCAUUUCCAGUGAACGAGACUAAGAUAGCCCUGAAAUCAGGAUACGGGAAGUACAUUGGAGUUGAUAAGAAAGGAGUGGUAAUCGGAAGGAGUGAUGCUGUGGGAGCUAUGGAGCAGUGGGAGCCUAUUUUUCAGGAUGGAAAGCUAGCCAUUCUGGGGAACAACGGAUGUUUCAUGUCAAUAUCAGACGACGAAGAUGCUGUGUGUCAGAGCAAAACUGCUGGGUCUGGCGAAUUUUUAUCUCUCAGAAGUAUGAUACAGAAGAUCGAUGAUCCUUACAAAGAUGUACCUGUUGAGGAGCAAGGGUCACUUGCGCAAAUUGAAGUUAAUUAUGUCCGAAAGUUCCAAAAGUUCCAAGAUAAAAAAUUACGAAUCAACACCGGUGACAAAACUCAACUGGAAGAAGCGAAAAGUCAAGGAAUUCUCCACGAAACACUGCUAGACAGAAGAAGUAAAAUGAAGUCCGAUCGCUACUGUAAAUAAUGAAUAUUAAAAGAUCGAAAUUGUUCAUGAAUUAUAUUGGUACAGAAAAAACUGUCAGAAUUUCCAUUAUCUCUACAUAAAUAAGGCAUUAACGAAUAAAUGAAUGUCAUCGCGGGUAUAA